GGGGCACGCUGGGACGGGGGCUCCAAAAUGGACAACCAGCGGGAUGCGCCAGGGAAGGCGAGCCGGUGGUUCGGCGUGGCGCAGUCCAGGGCGGCCAAGGCCAGCGUGAACAUCCUGCAGCAGGAGGAGCUGAUCGCCCAGAAGAAGCGCGAGAUCGAGGCGCGGCUGGAGCAGCAGGCGCGGCAGAAUUCCCUCAGCAUCCCGCAGCUCCCGCUGCUCGGAGAGUGCGUGGGAAUCCCGGGAACAAAUCAUCCCGGGAACGAAUCCCGGGAACGCCGGCCUCCUGCCUGCCGCCGCUGGGAAGGGAGCCGAGGGAGGAAAUCCCGCUUUUGGCAGAGCAGAGGGAGGAAAAUCCCGAUUUUAAUGGAGUAGAGGGAGGAAAAUCCCGAUUUUAAUGGAGCUGAGGGAGGAAAAUCCCGAUUUUAAUGGAGCUGAGGGAGGAAAAUCCCAAUUUUAAUGGAGCAGAGGAGGUUUUGGUGGAUUGAGGAGCAAGAAUCCCAGUUUCAAUGGAGCACGGGGGAGAAUCCCAGUUUUAAUGGAGCACGGGGGGGAAAUCCCAGUUUUAGUGGA